AUGACCUCCGGCGUGGCCCUCGGCUCCCGCGCCGUCGCCGGCCGCAAGGUGACCGCCCGCAAGGCGAUUGCCUCCAAGCCCCGCGCCUCCGUCGCCGUCCGGGCGUCCGGCGACCGCAAGUGGAACUUCUCCGCGGGCCCCGCGGUGCUGCCCCUCGACGUCCUCGAGGACGCCAAGGAGGACCUGAUCAACUACAAGGGCACCGGCAUGUCCGUCAUGGAGAUGUCCCACCGCGGCAAGGACUUCAUGAAGAUCGCCGAGGAGGCCGAGGCCGACCUCCGCGAGCUCAUCGGCAUCCCCGCCAACUACAAGGUUCUGUUCCUCCAGGGCGGCGCGUCCUCCCAGUUCUCCGCCAUCCCCAUGAACCUCGCCCCCGAGGGCGGCGUGGCCGACUUCAUCCUCACCGGCGCGUGGGGCAAGAAGGCGUACGAGGAAGCGGGCAAGUACAUGACCACCAACCUCGCCGCCUCCUCCAAGGACUCCAACUUCUCCACCAUCCCCGACGUCAGCGACUGGAAGCUCACCAAGGACGCCAAGUUCGUCCACAUCUGCUCCAACGAGACCAUCGGCGGCGUCGAGUUCAAGGAGGUUCCCGACACCGGCGACGUUCCCCUCGUCGCGGACAUGUCGUCCAACUACCUCUCCAAGCCCAUCGACGUGGAGAAGUACGGCAUCAUCUACGGCGGCGUGCAGAAGAACAUCGGCCCGGCGGGUAUGGCCAUCGUGAUCGUCCGCGAGGACCUCAUCGGCAAGACCCACCCGCUCUGCCCCACCAUGUUCGACUACAAGCUCAUGGCGGACAACGACUCCAUGUACAACACGCCCCCUUGCUGGACGAUGUACACCUCCGGCCUCGUCUUCAAGAAGCUGAUCAAGAUGGGCGGCCUCGAGGCCGUCGAGAAGAUGAACGAGGAGAAGGCGAAGAUCCUCUACGACGCCAUCGACGGCUCCGACGGCUACUACAACAACCCGGUUGAUAAGAAGUACAGGUCGCUGAUGAACGUUCCGUUCACCCUCGGCGGCGGCGAGGAUCUCGAGAAGAAGUUCCUGAAGGAGGCGGCCGCCGCGGGUUUCGAGUCCCUCAAGGGGCACCGUUCCGUGGGCGGCGCGCGCGCGUCCAUCUACAACGCCAUGCCCAAGGAGGGAGUGCAGGCGCUCGUCGACUUCAUGGCUGAUUUCAAGGCGGCCAACUAA